AUGUUGGACUUACGUGGAGUUUAGACACGUAGCUUUAAGGCACGUGGCUUUAGAAUUAGUUUAUUUUCAUGUUGUUUCCCUCCAUGGAACAAAGGCUCUGGUAUCGAGAGAUGGUUGGAAUUGCAAGAUUAGAUAAUAUAGAAAUCUGAGAGCUCUGAGGGGAGAAGCCAAAAGUUUUAUGGAGUAGACAAUGAUGAGGGCUGACCGUCGAGAUGAAAGUGAUAAAGAGAAAGAAAGCCAGAGGGAUGCAGACGUCCAGAAGAAAACAAAGCUUGAAAAGAAAGAGAAACUGAGAUAUGAGAACAUGCAAGUGAGAAAGAGAGAGAAAGAGAUACAAACAGGAAACAGGCAUGAAAGAAGAUCUAAAUGAAUGAAUGAAGAGUGUAAGAUCAAAAGAGAGAGAGAGAGAGCCAAGCGAGUAAGAGACAAGUAAGGGGCCGGCCCACUCAUAGUGACAGAGAGCUGGAGGUUAGAGUCAUUCAGGGCAGAGAGAGAGAGAGAGAGAGAGAGAGAGAGAGGUGAAUGAUUUCGUAAGUCGAGGAGUAAAAGGAAAAUCAUUGAAGCACAGCACACGGGCAAGACUGUGUUUUAAAAACUCGGAUUGAAUUUAUUUUCCUUUUCCCCGGCUUCCCUGGAUCCGCAUCUUGCCAGCACUGCCACGUGCUCACCGCACACACAUUUCACCGUCUGCCAGACAGAAGUUUGUGUCUGCAUCUCUCUCAUCUGUGGUUAUCUCACUGCGCUUGUAACACAUUUGGGAUGUGUGUGUGUGUGAGUGUGGGAGGUGCAGAGUUUGUGAUAAAAGUUUAACUCUGGAAUCCUUUAAGAAACUCAGCGGCACGGAUUAAGAAAACAUGAGGAGAUCUAGGCAUGUUCCACGUCUAGACUUUUUCCUCUCUUUUGGAGAAAACAGACACCUCUGAACUUGUUUGCUGCCUAAUUCUUUUAAAAUUAUAAUGGGUCUUUUGUGAUUUUUGGGGAGGACUUGUGCUUCUUUGCGUUUGCGUGCGAGCUUCUGCACACUCCCGUACGUUUAUGUGUGAUGUGGUCAGCGGCUCAGGUGCCACUGGCGAUGCCCGCUGUGUGCCCGCGUUUGGGGGGUAAGGAAUGGUGUUUUCAGGAUGCGGUGGGGGUGGACUGCAGCUCUCCUGAACCUCGCUGUAUCUGGGUGGCAGUGUUACAUGGGGAAACACCACAAAUAAACAUUUCCAACCUCCAAGCCGACACUUCUGAGAGCACAAAUGGCAUCAGUGUUGGCAGAGAUCUGCCUAAACUCUCACAGACCUACAGGGCAAAGGGGCGGAGAGAUGGAAUCUCUUCAUCCAGUGAGAACCCUCGGCCGGUGGUCAGGAGUGGGGCAGAGGGACUGGGCGUGUCCUGGCAGGGUCCACGUACACUCGUGCUCCAUAAAAACUCUCAGGGCUUUGGCUUCACGUUACGUCAUUUUAUCGUUUACCCGCCAGAGUCUGCCCUGCACACUAAUCUCAAGGAUGAAGAGAACGGAAAUGGAAAAGAGCUCCACCGGGGUCGCCUGGAGCCCAUGGACACCAUCUUUGUUAAGAAUGUGAGGGAGAAAGGCCCCGCCCACCAGGCUGGCUUGUGUACAGGAGACAGGCUGGUUAAAGUGAAUGGAGAGAGUGUGCUGGGUAAGACGUACUCGCAGGUCAUUGCACUGAUUCAGAACAGUGAGAGUGUCCUGGAGCUCUCAAUAAUGCCAAAGGAUGAGGACGUUCUACAGCUGGCAUACUCCCAUGAUGCCUACCUAAUAGGUAACGAUCCAUACAAAGGAAAGGCCCAAAAUCUUCCACCACCACCCCCUCUGCUCUACCCUCCUCAUACAAAAUCACAGCCUCCUGUAGAAUACUCCCCCAGCUCUUCCCCAGCCUCUCCACUCAUGGGGCAAAACCAGCUGGACAACUGGAGCCACUGGCCCGGCUCCCCCCCGGGUCCCUCUCCACCCCUUGACAACCGCACAGUCGCUUCCAGCAAUGCUGUCUGGGCGGCCGAAGGAAGGAGCUGUGAGCCAGGCGGUGUUGGUCACAGUAGCCCUGCCCACCGAACUGAGGAGAUCCAGUAUGGAAUGACUGACAGGGGACAGCAAGCAACCGGGCAAAUGAGAGGAAGCGCAUACUCAUCCUUUUCUUCCUCUGGAGGAUUGAUGAGCCCAUUGCUUCAUGCUCAUUUUGCCAAUCACAACAUAGGUACUGCCAUGGGGCACACUGGUGGUCGCAAGGAGAGUCCGCCCUGGGUGAGCCCUUCUCUGUCGACUUCCACCCGCAGCGAACGCACCCAACAAGCUCUUACCAACUGGUACUACAGUCAGGUACCGGGUCGGGAGCGUGAGCGGGAACGAUCCAGUUCUCGCUCCAUGCAUCCACGCCACAGGAGUUUCUCACAGGAUCGUCUGGGUGAGCUCGGGAGAGCCAGACGUUCCCAGCAUGCAGCUUUUCCCCAAAGCGUGUCGCAAGACACGUUGUUGCUGCUGCAGCAGCAGAGCUCCGUCGUGCACGCUGACCCCUACUGGAGCCACGGAGACUGGCGUGGUGAGCCUGCUUACAGGCAGCACCCAUCUGCCGUGUCAUAUGGGCACAAACCCUCUGAAAACCUCUUGGCAAGCCGGUACGGGCACUCGGGACGUUCACUGGAAACUCUCAACCGAGCUAUUGUAGGGACGUUCUCACCCCAGCUGGAAAGAACCAACUGGGCCCAGCAGCCCCCAAACAGGACUGAUUGCUAUCCAAGGCAUUUCGGGCAACACAGAGAAUUACAUCAUCACGCAACCCAACAUGAACGGGAACAAAUUCAACAUCACACACCCCAGCACCUUCAACACACACCUCAGCAUCCAAACCUCACACAUGCAACACAACACACGCACCACACGUCUCAGGCACCACCACAACCUCAGCAGGCAGCUUUACAGACAAGACAUUUACCCUCUUGCCAGAGUCUAGACGAGGAGCCGAUCGGCUACCGCAGCUACAGCCCAUCUUUUAACCGCAAGACUGGUCGCAUCCUGCAGCAAGCCCAGUCAUUUCGAGACCCCUCCUAUACAGGUCCACAUUUCAGUUGGACCCCUACACCCAAAACCAGUCCUCCGGAAGGGCUUCCCACCUCGACUGCUCCCUCCCCAGCGACCACCACCUCCACAACUUCCAUUUCCACACCCCCUGAAGGACAAGACAAAACUUACCGGCCCACUAAUCACGACAGAGGGGCCGGGGAAGCAACAGGUGAAGCCCAGGCUCAGACACAGGAAGUGGUAUUACGCCAGAAACCAUCUGUUGGCCGGAGGGGUGCAAACGCAUAUGCCAUAGCUCUUGAUUCAAGUGACCCUCUACUCUUUACCUCUGACCCUACGGACCCCCCUGCCAAAGCUGAACGGGCUAUUUCACAUCGCCGCACGAAUGGUAACCUACCACCCCUCUCCAUAGAGGAUGACUCUCUGGCUUCAAUUCCUUUCAUAGAUGAGCCGACCAGUCCAACUGCAGAUCUGCGGGCACGUCAUGUACCUGCCUCCUCCGUCGUUUCGAGUGGUGGUCUUAACUCCGCCCCUGCUGUGGCCACAAGCCCCGCCUCCCCAACCUUCACCUUUCCCCUCCACCGUCUUUUCUCCCUCAACUGCACAGGUGAUGUCAAGUCUAAUCGUCGCUCCUCUUACCUGUUGGCCAUUACCACCGAACGCUCCAAGUCAUGUGAUGAGGGGCUUAACGUGUAUCGAGAAGAGGGGAGGGUAUUGUCGAGGCUUCCAAAAAGAGUCAAAAGCUUUUUCAAUGAAGGGUCUCUGGACAGUCUGGGUGCUGCUGAAGAGGUUCGCUCUAAACGACACUCUACCUCUGAGCUGGGCAGUAUCAGCUACAGUGAUGUGAAAAGAGAAGGCUGGCUUCACUUUAAACAGAUCCACACUGAGAAGGGCAAGAAGGUAGGUAGUGCCAUCUGGCCCUGGAGAAGGGUCUUCUCUGUGCUUCGGUCACACUCACUGUUCCUCUACAAGGACAAGCGAGAGGCGGUGCUUAAAGGGGCGGCACUGGGGGGCGGGGCUGAGGAAGAACAGCCCAUCAGCAUCCGGGGUUGCCUAUUAGACAUAGCGUACAGCGAAACGAAACGCAAGAACGCCCUGAGAUUGACAACACAGGACUUCUGUGAAUAUCUGCUUCAGGCGGAGGACAGAGAAGACAUGCUGGAGUGGAUCAAAGUCAUCACAGAGGACAGCAAGACGGACAAUGAGGAACUGGGUUUUUCACGACAGGCUCUCAUCAACAAGAAACUUAAUGACUACAGGAAGCAGAGUCCAACGGGUAAUAAACCAGACUCCUCACCCAGAGUGCCUCGCAUGACAUUUCUCCACAGCAGUGCACCUCCACGCUCACCAAAACACGAGGUCAAAGAUGAGAGCAGCCCGCCUAAAUCUCCAUGGGGCAUAAACAUAAUGAAGAAAGCUAAGAAGACCAGUCCUAAAGCUUUUGGAGUGCGUCUGGAAGAUUGCCAGCCCGCCACCAACAAUAAGUUUAUUCCUCUGAUUGUGGAGAUCUGCUGUGGGUUGCUUGAGGACAUGGGGCUGGAGUAUACAGGGAUCUACAGAGUACCAGGAAACAACGCGGUUGUGUCCAGUCUACAGGAACAGCUCAACAAAGGCUGCGACAUCAACACUGCUGAGGAGAAAUGGCAGGACCUGAAUGUGGUCAGUAGUCUGCUGAAGUCCUUCUUCCGGAAACUUCCUGAACCUCUCUUCACUGAUGACAAAUACAAUGACUUUAUUGAGGCCAAUCGGAAGGAGAAUGCCAGUGAAAGACUUAGAACCAUGAAGAAACUGAUCCGUGAUCUGCCAGAUCAUUAUUUCCACACUUUAAAGUUUUUAAUUGGACAUCUAAAGACUGUGGCAGACCACUGUGAGAAGAACAAGAUGGAGCCACGUAACUUGGCGCUAGUCUUUGGCCCCACUCUUGUCCGGACGUCAGAGGACAACAUGACAGACAUGGUCACCCACAUGCCUGAUCGAUACAAGAUUGUGGAGACACUCAUUCAGCAUUGUGCCUGGUUUUUCAGUGAAGAACAUGAAAAGGAUGAAAAGACACCGGUGGACACAGAGGAUGUUCAGCCUGCGCCUAACAUAGAUCAUCUCCUAUCUAACAUCGGCCGAACCGGCCUGCUAGGGGAGGCGUCAGACUCAACCAACAGUGAUUCUGCAAAAUCUAAGGGAUCAUGGGGAACAAAACGUGACUUCACUGCCAAGGAUAUCCUGACGUUAUCUAUUAUGUCGGCUGUUACCCGCAAACGCAGAAAACGGCGUAACACCCGACUCCUGGGCAACAGCACAGAUGACGAUUCUGAGCAUGAGCCUAAAUCCAGCAUCUCUGAAACAGACGAUUUACAAGAGAUGUGCCAAGUGGCAUCCUUCUCAGCCCCACGAGCGGAGGGAGAGGAAGAUGAGGAGGAAGAGGAUGAGGAAGAAGCGCAAAGGCAGACAGCGCAAGUGCUGAAGGAGGAGGAAGUUGUUCCCUGCAUUUCCUCAACAGAGGAAGCCACACCUGUUGUGCUACUAAUUGAAGAGGAGGAGCAGAAGUCAGAGGUGAAAGGUCGCAGUUGGAGGGGAGACGACGCACGUUCAAUUGUGUCAGGAUACUCCACUCUUUCCACAUUAGGGCGGAGUUUAGCAUCAGAGGGCCGUGGCGAGGACGCAGAUGACGAACACAGUGAACUGAUCAGUGAAACUGACAACGAAAGCGGUUUCGCUUCGCGCUCCCUCACCCAGGAGCGCCCAGAGAAACCAUCCCACUCCACCCAAAACCCAAACACGUCACCCGAACCAGCCCCGCCGCGCAGUUACCUCUAUUCGCACUGUAAAUCCCCAACUCCCUCUAGCUCCACCUUCCAUCCGCCUGCUCCUUCCAUCCACAUCACCCCCAACCCAGAAGACAGAGCGACUGAUGCCCGCUCCUCCACGCCCUCCAGCUCCUCAUCCGCUUCCCAGCGCCAACACAGCCGCCACUCCUUUAACUCCCAUCGGCUCAUACAGUGCGACACGCUGGCACGCCGUCGGCUUAAGGGAGACAAAACCAAAGCUUCUUCCAUGGACCUUUCAGAACUUUCCUCUGCAGCCGAAGGGGAGAAGCGACCUACACAGGGUCAUGUUCCUGAUUCCCCCCCGUUAACCUCUCCAUCACCAAGAUCCAAAUCCUCCAAUGGUGUUAACGUGAGAAACGAGUGUACUGUGCCUGGAAAUAAAAGCUGCUCUUUGUCCCCAGGACAGGGGUCCUUGGCGGAUCAGGUACGAGCUCGGCUCCUCCUGGGCUCAGCUGAGGACCUCCGCAACGUCGGGCUGAGGAAACAACUGUCGCCAGAGACACGCAGAAAGAAACGUGCGUGGAGGAGACACACCGUGGUGGUCUCCCCUACGGAUUGUUCCGACAAGACAGCUGCCCUAGCUCGCUCUAACAGCAACAACCUACAAACGCAUUCCCCCAAACCACUAGCUUCACCCUCUGCUGAACGACGGGACCAUAGGGGGUCACAUCCUGAGAGAUUAGAGACUGAAGCCCAUAAUGCACGACGGGCAUUGCCUACCUCUCGCUUCCGUGAUUUCUUAUAACGGUGGAAGACAACUGUGUGUACAGGCUAGUGAACCAAAAGAGCUGGAUUUGGGUUUCGUUGUAGCGGUGUCUUCUAAAGUUACUUCUGCUAGCUGACAGCGAUCAACUCGCCAUCAGAGCACUCCUACUUAAAUGCAGUAAACGGCUAAAUCAUGAGGUGGAUCACAUGUGCUCCACUCUUCACUCCCAUUGGUGGUUGAUACAUUGCGUCACCGCUCAUUUGCAGGUCACAAGCGAUUCAACUCUCAUUGAAAAUGACUUUCGAUCGAGAAUACAGACUCGCCCUCUGUCCAAAAUCUAAUUUAUUUUACUGUUCUCAGACCUGCAUGACAAAUGGGCUUUUCAUUGUUGCCAAAGUUUUUUUCUAUUGCGUCCUUGAUUAGUCACAUGAUAUCAUCUCCUGCUUUACUGCCAAGACACUUGCGACUCAUGCCACAGAGUGCUUUUUUCCAAACCCCCCCAUGAACCAAUUCUCUGAAAGCGCCGGUACAGUAUUGGUUGAACAGUGUUAGCAAACAGAAACAAUGUUGAUAGUGACCGUAUAGUUUUAACACCAGGUGCAUAAUUUUACCAGUAACUUUUAUGCUACAUUAAGAACAUAAGAGGCAGUGUGGUGCGUUCACCUUACUCAUUUUGAGUAACGGUUCAUUGAUGAAAUCUCGUGUACGUGUGUAUGAGGUUGAGUGUGUGUGUCGAACUAUUUUGUAACAUUUGUACAAAGCCUUGCUUAAGUUAACCUUGUAAAUACACAUAUUAUAUUAUCAUUUCUUUUUUAUUUAGGUUUUAUAUGGUUUACAAAAGUGCACUUAGGUGCACGGUCGUUUUUUUUCAAGGUGUUACUUGAAAUGUUUUCUUUAAUAUUUUUGUUUGUUUGUUUUAUACACAGUAUAUAUAUUAUACAUAUAUUUUGUAUGAAUUGAAUAAGUACUUUUAUUUUGGAAAUCUUGGGGUGUACGUGUUUUAACAUCGCUAGACUGUUUUUCCCCAGUUAAUGGCCUUUCUCUGUGACUUACAAAUACUAUGCAGAAAUCUAUACACCUCAAUGCAAAGAAAAGAGCUCUAACCUGCAAAGAGUGUCUGUCACAAGCUAUAAUAAAUUCUUAUUGCUGAGCAUA